AUGCCUAAAGCUACGACCCCAGUUUCCGCAGCGCGCCAGGCGCGGCGGCAUAAUCCUCUUGAACAGGAUCUCACAGCAACCGGACCGUUGAAGAACAGACCUGAGAAGCGCAAGUCGAGACAUCAAGAGGAAGGGGAUCAAUUUGUCGACUCAAAAGCGUCGCGAAAGAUUCUAAGGAUCGGACAAGAACUCGCGGAUGAGGCGGCCCAAGAGAGUGGGGUACAGAAACCCAAUGCGGCGUUUGAUUUUGAUUCGAGGUUCGAAGACGAAGAAGAGGAAACUUAUGAGGACGCCGAAGCAUGGGGAGACGAUGACGAGGAAGUGGAGGAGAUAGAGCUUGCGCCAGAUGAUCUAGCGACUUUCAGCAAAUUCUUCCCGACACAAGAAGAUCCGCUGUUAAGACAAGGAUGGGGUGGGGAAGCAGAGGAUGAGGAGGAAGGGCCAGGGACAAAUUUGGCAGAUUUAAUAUUGGAGAAAAUUGCUGCACAUGAGGCAGCGCAAACUGGACAAGGUGGGGCACGGAAUGUGCCUGGACCAGUGGAUGAAGACUUCGAGAUCCCUGGAAAGGUUGUCGAAGUCUAUUCUAAAACUGGUCUAAUAUUAUCACGAUACAAAUCCGGGAAGCUGCCGAAACCCUUCAAGAUCCUCCCAACUGUCCCUCACUGGGAAGACAUUCUCCAAAUAACGCAGCCAGAUAAGUGGACGACAAACGCUUGUUAUGAAGCGACCAAGAUAUUUGUAGCAGGCACCCCCUCCACGGCACAACGAUUCAUGGAGAUGGUGAUCCUUGAUCGGGUGCGGGAAGAGAUUCACGAGACAAAAAAGCUCAACGUCCAUCUUUUCAACGCGUUGAAGAAAGGGCUAUACAAACCCGCCGCAUGGUUCAAAGGAUUUCUGUUCCCAUUGGUCGGAAGCGGAACCUGCACCUUGCGAGAGGCGCAUAUUAUAUCGGCGGUCUUGGUUCGGGUCUCUAUACCGGUGCUGCAUUCAGCAGCCGCCAUCAAAGGCCUUUGCGACAUUGCAGCCCAGGAGUCAUCUGCUGGGACAGAAGGAGGUGGAGCGACAAAUAUUUUCAUAAAGGCGCUAUUGGAGAAGCGGUAUGCGCUGCCAUUUCAAGUUAUCGAUGCCCUAGUAUUUCAUUUCUUGCGGUUUCGAAGCGUCGAUCCUGCCAGUGUUCGGCCGGAGGAUGUGGGGGGAGCAAUGGAAGGGCUUUCCGGGGCUGCAUUAAGAGAUGUUAAGUUGCCGGUCAUUUGGCAUCAGUGCUUGUUAGCAUUUGCGCAGAGGUACCGGAACGAAAUCACGGAAGAUCAGCGGGAAGCACUGCUAGAUCUGCUGUUGACAAAAGGGCAUUCAUCCAUUGGCCCCGAGGUUAGAAGAGAAUUACUAGAAGGAAGAGGGCGAGGAGUAGCGGUAGAGCCAGAGGCGCCAAAGUAUGGCGAUGAUACGAUGUUGGUAGAUUAG